AUGCUACUCAUCGCAAUCGCCGCUCUAGCUUACAACGCAGAAACUGAGAUGAUGCUUCAAAACCAAGAGUUCCUCGAUAUUCAGGAGGAAGUUAUUCAAAUCCCCCUUAAUCCAUGGCCCGAUGAUCCACGAGAAAAAGAUGUUGCGAGAUGGUAUAAUUUAGCCCUCACCCAAGGACUAGAAGCAAUGACGCUUGGACCUUUAUGCAGAAUGUUUAAUUGGACGAAAGAUGAUGUCACAAGGCUGAUAACAGAAGUCAGGAGAGAUAUUUGCUCGAGGAAGAUUCGUGCCUACAAUAAUUUGUGA